AACCAAGGGAGCCCCUUCCCUACGUCUAGCCCAGGUUCGAUAUUGAUGGAACUAAAGCAAGCUAAGUUAAAUUUAGCAAGAACUACAACUGAUCUUGCUGAUGUUCGAGCUUCUGUUGACUCACUCAAUAAGAAGUUGGAGAAGGAAAGAAUCUCGCUUGAAAACCGUGAGAGGUUAACUCAUAAUUCGUCCAAGAUAUCUUCUCUUGAGGAUGAAUUAAACGAGAAAGUAAGACUACAACUGACAAAGGAUGCUGAAGAUCCUUUUGAUGUUGCCAGUGAACUCCAGCGGUUGAGUUCUGAGGCAGAUAAUUUCAAGAAAAUGGGAGAAGCUGCAAAAGCAGAAGUCUUGAGAACGGUGUCUGAGAUUGAACAGACAAAAUCUAUGAUAAGGACGGCUGAAACCAUUGUUGCAGCCCGAAAGAUGAAAGAAGCUGCCCGAGCUGCAGAAGCAAUGGCCCUAGCUGAAAUUAAUGCUUUAUCAAAUUAUGGGAUGUCAAAUGGAGAUUCUAUGCAAAAGCAGGAUGGAGUAACUCUGUCAUUUGAAGAAUAUCAUGAUCUCACGACGAAAGCUCAAGAAGCUGAGGAAAAAUCACAGAAGAGAGUCGUGGAUGCGAUGCUUCAAGUUGAUGAAGCAAAUAUGUUAAAAAUGAAUAUCCUUAAAAAGGUAGAGGAGGCUGCAGAGGAAGUUAAAACCAGCAAGAAAGCACUGGAAGAAGCUCUGGAAAGGGUGGAGGCUGCAAAUAGAGGGAAGCUGGCUGUUGAAGAGGCAUUAAGGAAGUGGAGAGCAGACAGUAACAAAAGGCGGUCCUCAAUACAGAACUCCACCAAGUUCAAAAUGCGUACCCAUCUUACCGGAGAGUCUCGGUUACUUGAUGUGAAUGGAUUGAAUCUUGUGAAUGAUGAAAUCAAACCAGUUCUAAAGCCAACCCUAUCAAUAGGACAAAUUCUGAGCAGGAAGCUGCUUGUGCCUGAGGACUAUGAAGCUGGCGUGGUUGAGGGAAGAAGCUCAGUGAAACGAAAGGUGUCUCUGGGUCAGAUGCUUGGGAAACAAGAUGAUGAUCCAGAUAGUGGGGGAAAAGUUGACAAGGAAGAGAGUGUGCAGAAGCAAUCUGCUGCAAAGAGGAAGAAAUUUGGAUUUGCCAGAUUCUCUCUUCUUUUGGCAAAACAGCAGAAGAAAAAGAAGAAGAAGCCAACUAUGAAUUUAAGGUGAUUGGAUCAUGUGCAUAUCGAUGUUUCAGCUUCAUCUAGAACUAACAAGUAACACGAGUGAGACUAAUUUCUUCUCUCAGUUGUGUCCAGUACACAUCUCUUCCACACCUAUUCUGAUUACUUCACUUGAA